AUGCCCGCCUCACAACAAGAAGCCCCUAGACCACCACCAAGACAUGAACGGGCUACGCCACCGUCAGCACUCGUGCAAGGCCGGCCCGAGAGAGUCUAUAUUCUGAUUGAUAGAUGUGAGGAAUUGGUCAGAGAUCUAUACAACACUGGAUUUCAUGCCUGGGACACGUUCUUCACCAAAUAUGGAAUGUGGUACCAGCGCGUGCACUUCCAUAUCCAUGAUAGGCGUCAGGAUAUUCCCCAGGAUGUGAAGACUGUCUUGAUAAAGAGGCUACAAAUACUGGAAGCGGAACUCAAAGUCGCCUACUCGCUCGUUACCUCCAUUCAUUCGCUACCGAAAGUUAUGAUGAAGGACAUGCAAAAUAUUGAGGCAACGUUUUGGCCUCCGCAUCGUAUUGAUAUGCCAGGUGACCCACUAGCUGAGUUCAUCGUCGACGAUGAAGUCUUGGAGAUGCUCCUCAGGUUGCCAUGA